AUGGGAGGCCAGAAACGGCCGCUUUUGACGCCGCCGCUCACUCUUCACGUUGGCCGUGCCAGGUGCCUGGACUCAUUGCUCGACCGAUGUCCAUUCGUGCCGCAGCCUCACCCUCCGCCAGGAGGGGAGCCAAAAAUGGCUCCUCUGUUGACCGUUCAGCUUCUCUCCCUGAGUUCCAUAAAGAUCGACCACCAUGCCCCUCUGACCGAUAGUCCUGCCUGGCUUUCUAGCAACUCCUCCAGCCCCAGGCCUGGAUUUCCAACGGGUGACUUGCUCCAGUGA